AUGGCUUCCACUCUCCGUCCAACGCUCCUCCGCCAGGCACUGGCCGCGCCCUCCAAACGCGCAUACUCCUCCGCCGUCCCCGCUUUCAGAGCGCAACAACACCGAUUGUCCCAGAGGCCGUCAUGGACUCUCCAGCGAGCCACUUUUCAGACCUCCGCCAGCAGACACAUCCUCCCACCUCUGCCUCAGGUCAUCAAGGGCACCGUGAAUGACCCUGUAAACAUUCCCGAGCCGCACCCGUCACACGGCAGCUACCAUUGGACUGCAGAGAGGUAGGACCAAAGCAGUAUGGAAGACACUGUGUCGAAACGAGUGCUGAUCGAUGCGUUCUGGCAAUGAUAGGGUCAUCUCCGCUGCCCUGGUUCCCAUUACAAUUGUACCCUUCGCAGCUGGCUCGCUGAACCCGCUUCUGGACGGCACUUUGAUCGGCUUAAUGCUUCUACAUACCUACAUCGGCUUCCAGUAUGCGUCACAGUAGAACAUUGCUGGGCCCUAUCCAUGUACUAACGAUAUUACUUAGAUCCGUCAUCAUUGACUACAUCCCUUCAUGGCGUGCCAAGACAUGGCGGAAGGUCUUCGAAUGGGCCAACGUUGCAGCCCUUUUCGUUGUCGGCUGGGGAUACUAUGAAUUCGAGACCAACGAUGUGGGUUUGACCGAGGCGAUCAAGCGGAUUUGGAAGGCUGGCUCGAAGCCACAAGAUGUUGCCAAGUAG